AUGUUAGAAAAUGAUUAUAAUGUCGGCGUAUUGAUUACUAAAGACAUGGCAAUUAUCAUUGGGAUGAUGAAGGACUUGUCGUUGACGCGCCGCUGCCAUUCAAUAAAGCGUCAUUUAUCCGAUUUAUCCGGGAAAAUUAACGACUUCAAGAGUGCGGCAAAACGUAGCCGGAUUGAAGGUGCCGUAAUAGAAACGCCCUCGCAAAUAGGUAGAAACCGUUCGCGAAUUAGAUCUACCAUUUCGUACGCGCCCAAACACGGGUUUUUCGUGGUGAAAUCGGGAUCGGCCAACUCGUGCAAAAGAAAGGUACGUGAAUUUAGCGGGCGCGUCAAGACGCAGUUAUUAUGUGAUGAUAAUCGCGUAUACAACCAGUGGCGUGUCCGGGAAUUUCCAACGGGAGGAAGGUUUUAAUUGAGAACGUGAAUCGUAAAUAAAUCCUACGUAAUACUUCCUCUAUAUAGGUACCUGACUUGCCGACAGUGUGAAUUUCAAAGCCGGAUCUACAGCAAACCGAUUUACAAUCGAGUUUUUCCUCUCGAAUAAAUAAUAGUCAGCUAAUUAGGUAUACUGAAUAAAAUACCUAUAUUACGCAUAGUUUUGUAUUCAAAAUAAAACCCCGAGGUGAGGGGAACGCGGCCCUAACAUCCGUUUAUCUAAAUACGCCAUUGAGUACAACAUAAAAGUACUAUUAUUAUAAUUUAAACUCGAUUUUGUUUCACUUUUUACUUUAGGUUUUUUCAAAAUAAUAUUUCUUCAAGUUUUCGACUCGGUCAGAUAUAUUUGUCUGCCGUAACGCAUUUUCGUAUACUUGGAACGUAAAUUAUGAUGUUAUGGUUGAUAUUUGUGCGUAGCAGUCCAUACACAAUACAAAGAAGAUAAUAUAAUAGUUAAUAGAUAUAAUUAGAUAUUAUUAUGACUACGCAAUACGUAUUAUUAUAAUUAAAUUCGAUUGCGCUCGUGUCUCCACUGCGUCGUGGCGGCCUGACAAGACCACCAACCUGAGAACNAUACUUGGAGCGUAAAUCAUGAUGUUAUGGUUGAUAUUGAAGUUAAAAUUUAACUUCGAUUUAUAAGUAAUUAUUUGUGUGUAGCGCACACACAAUACAAAGAAGAUAAUAUAAUAGUGAAUAGAUACAAUUAGAUAUUAUUAUGACUACGCAAUACGUAUUAUUAAAAUUAAAUUCGAUUGCGCUCGUGUCUCCACUGCGUCGUGGCGGCCUGACAAGACCACCAACCUGAGAACUCGUCCCGUCCGUCUCUUUACAACCACGUGCGUGCCCACCGGUCUAGAGUCCCGUGCAGCUCUUUUUUCGGCCCGGUGAUACGCACCCAAGAUGCAGAUCCGGGCUUGAUCAUAAGGUCAGCUCGAUUGCAAGCAAUGAACUUGCCAGAGCCGUCUAAACAGUCGGCCUCUUUAUAUCUGGAGACACCACAUCUGCGGCACGCAUUCUGGAGGUUGACGAAAAUUUCAGAACUGUUGGCAAUGACUACGGGGUCAUU